CACGGCAUCUGGAGCUUCAGCCACAUUCUCUCAUCAGCGUGGUCGAUUCAUCGGUUUCUUCUUCCGCAUGAAUUUAGUUGUGAUCCGUCGACUUAACAUGGCCCAGUCUUGACACUCGUUUUCAAAAUAUAUUUAACCCCCCUGAAAAAAGGGAAAGGAACAAAAUCCACGUCCCAUCCCUGAGCUCUCAAGAGGAGAAAGUCUCAACGAGAUUGGACGCGGCGGCACGAUGGAGGGCAUUGUGAAGGCGAAUCCUUCUAAUUUCGUUCGGUAUACCUUCGGAAAACAAGUCCGGCUGAAGGUAACCCGCAGAAACAAACGCAUCGCCAGUUUCUCUGUCCACGGCAAUGCGAAAAGUCACAAGUAUGGCCUUGUCCACGAAGUAAAUCAACACUUUAAAAAGCUUCGAAGGACUGGCCUUCAAUAUCAAAGUUCACUCGUCGUGCUUGCUUCCCAGCAAUACGCUUCCUGGCUGGAAGAUGAACAGUUCAUGUCGGCGUUGGUGGAGCCUUUCACAACGGCAUCUCGCGGUUCGGACGAUGAGGGCCGAAAGCUUCCCGAAGACAUACAUGUCCUUGCUGCCGCUGUCGACGGCCUGCACCCCCUCCGCGUGUUUGGCGACACGCCUCAUGGAUUCUCGUUUUACUACGCAAAUAUGAAGGACACGAUGAUACGCAUGUGGAAGGAUAAGCCGGAUCUUCCAGACGAGCCCAAGUCGUACAUCGGAUUUCAUACCGGAACAUCCCACUUUGGUGGUGCCAUGGUCUCGUGCAAGCUGCCUCUUGCCAACACCGUUUUCCAGAAUGGUCGUCAGACAACCAUGUUCGCGAGCCGCUGGCGUAACUCAGGACCGAGGACCGGAGUACAGGUGAUACGUUGGAUGGAGAAGCGGACCCAUAACGUCAAUUGCUUGGACCCAGACAAUCAGAGCAAGUACAACAUCCAGUCUCCGUUGGUCCCUAUUACUGCCCCUCGAAAAAUCCUCGCGGGGCUCGGAAACAUAGUCAGCCUGGUUGAGGUAGAUGGCGAGGAAACGCCGGCUUCGACCGAGCUCGAGAAAGCCGUCAACGAAUUGUACGUCAGACGAUCGAAAGAGGGCCACACGUUCCCUCCAGGCCCCGUGGGCGUUUGGGCCCUCGUUCAGCCCCCAGGCCCCAAACAAUCAAAGGAUCUCGACAUACUACAGGAGUGGUUCGAUUUAUCGAGUCAAACCCAAGACGUCCACGAGGAAUGGGAGCUGGCUCUAGAAUUCAAAGACCAGAUUCGGUGCCACUUGCAACAUCGAGGCAGGCUCUACAAGAUUCUGAGUGGCGGCGGAGGAUGGGGAAAGAAGCGAGGGCUCCUGUCGUUAGAUCCUGAUGUCGCCUACUCGCUGUCACCCGGGGAUGAGGGUCUGGACAGCUUCAUUCGGUCCUUUGAAAGCCGCAAUGACGGGAGUGCCGAGCAAGACAGGAGUACUUGGCAAGAUGUGGUUGCCCCGGGCUCAUACAUCCAAUACUUCAUCACGCCCCCCUUCAGCGCCCGACCGAAACCUACGAGAGCGAGCGGCUCGACUCUGAACAUUGCUUUUGGCGUAUCGGAAAGUGAAACUGUGGAGGAACAGCCGCUGACCGAUGGCGCUUCGGAAUGGACGGUCGUCCCUCAGCACUUCGGUGCGGUAUCAAACCUUGGUAUUUUCAUCAAGUCUAAUGUACACAGAAGUGGGAACGGAUCAAAACUCAGCGUGCCGGGGUCGUGGUUUGGAUACCUGAAGGCUACUGAAGGGUACUGAACCACCAAGUCCCUGAAGGCUACUAUACCACCAAGGCCAUUCAAAAAGCUAUGAGCAGGUGGGCGCCAAGCUUGUGUAUAGGAAUUGCGUAGGAACUAUGUACGAAGGACUGUAAUAAUAGGAAGGUUUGCGCUAUGAGCCUCCUUUUCUCGCAGUGUACACGCAGUUUAACAGACAUUCGGGUGGUUGUGGUUGUCGGCCGUUCGUCCGGUGUGUUAUGGUUCCUACUGGCUAUACGCGGCAAUAAGACGCACAGGGCCUGACGCACGCAGUGCUGUAUGAACCCAUGGCGGAAGUCAAGCUGCAGU